CAACAAGCCGCGAGGAUUUUUUUCUUGUCCCGCCGAAACAGAGCAAAGCAUUCUGGGACUUGUAGUCCUUGAGACGUCUUUCUCUAGGUCCUCCAAGUUACUCUGCGUCCGGUACCGCCUAUUCUCUGCUCCCCUGAACCUUUAGGCUAGUCUCGGCCCACUUGAAGACCAGGAAGUUGAUCAAACCCCUGGCCGGCUGCUGAGAGACGGUGGCGCGAGUGGGACAGUCGCCAGGGAUGGCUGACCGUGAGGAUGCAGCGGGUGUCUGGGCUGUUCUCCUGGACGCUGAGCAGAGUCCUGUGGCUCUCGGGCCUCUCUGAGCCGGGAGCUGCCCGGCAGCCCCGGAUCAUGGAAGAGAAAGCGCUAGAGGUUUAUGAUUUGAUUAGAACGAUCCGGGACCCAGAAAAGCCCAGUACUUUAGAAGAACUGGAAGUGGUCUCGGAAAGUUGUGUGGAAGUUCAGGAGAUAAAUGAAGAAGAAUAUCUGGUUAUUAUCAGGUUCACGCCAACAGUACCUCAUUGCUCUUUGGCGACUCUUAUUGGGCUAUGCUUAAGAGUAAAACUUCAGCGAUGUUUACCAUUUAAACAUAAGUUGGAAAUCUACAUUUCUGAAGGAACCCACUCAACAGAAGAAGACAUCAAUAAGCAGAUAAAUGACAAAGAGCGAGUGGCAGCUGCAAUGGAAAACCCCAAUUUACGGGAAAUUGUGGAACAAUGUGUCCUUGAACCUGACUGAUAGCUGCUUUAAGAGCCACUGGCCUGUCACUGUUUGAUAUAUUUGUUUAAACUCUUUGUAUAAUGUCAAAGACUCUCGUUUAAUACAUAGGUGAUUUGGUACCUCAGAGCAUUUUUUAAAGGAUUCUUUCCAAGCAAGAUUUAAUUAUAAGGUAGUACCUAAUUUGUUCAGUGUAUAACAUUCUCAGGAUUUGUAACACUUAAAUGAUCAGACAGAAUAAUAUUUUCUAGUUAUUACAUUUAAGAUGAGUUGCUAUAUUUCUUAUGCUCAGUCUGAUACAACUGCUUUUCAUGUCAAAUAUCUACUGUGCCCAAAUGUACUCAAUUUAAAUCAUUACUCUGUAAAAUAAAUAAGCAGAUGAUUCUU